AUGGCUCCUACCGACUUCGUUGAUCCCCGCAUGACCUCCAUUAAACCUCGCAUCCGCUACAACACCAUUGGAGGCGUGAACGGACCGCUGGUCAUCCUCGACAAUGUCAAAUUCCCGAGGUAUAACGAGAUCGUCUCGUUGACUCUCCCCGAUGGCACGGAGCGGUCUGGUCAGGUUCUGGAAGCUCGAGGCAACCGAGCUGUUGUUCAGGUGUUCGAAGGCACGACGGGUAUUGAUGUGAAGAAGACAACAGUCGAAUUCACCGGACACAGCUUGAAGCUCGGUGUCUCCGAAGACAUGUUGGGUCGUGUCUUUGAUGGUUCGGGUCGUGCCAUUGAUAAGGGACCCAAGGUGCUGGCGGAGGACUAUCUCGACAUUAACGGCAGCCCUAUUAACCCAUAUUCACGAGUCUACCCCGAAGAAAUGAUUUCGACUGGUAUAUCUGCCAUCGACACGAUGAACUCUAUUGCUCGAGGACAAAAGAUUCCUAUUUUCUCCGCUUCGGGUCUUCCGCAUAACGAGAUUGCAGCUCAGAUUUGUCGUCAGGCCGGUUUGGUCAACAAGCCAACCAAGGACGUCCACGAUGGCCACGAGGAGAACUUCUCUAUCGUUUUCGCUGCUAUGGGUGUAAACAUGGAGACCAGUCGUUUCUUCACGAGAGAUUUCGAGGAGAACGGCAGUAUGGAGCGUGUCACCCUGUUCCUCAACUUGGCCAACGAUCCUACUAUCGAACGUAUUAUCACACCUCGUCUCGCUUUGACAACGGCAGAGUACUACGCAUACCAACUCGAGAAGCACGUCUUGGUUAUUUUGACCGAUCUUUCGGCCUACUGUGACGCUCUCCGUGAGGUCUCUGCUGCACGAGAAGAAGUGCCCGGUCGACGUGGUUACCCCGGUUACAUGUACACUGAUUUGUCGACCAUCUAUGAGCGUGCUGGACGUGUCGAGGGUCGUAACGGAUCCAUCACCCAGAUUCCGAUUUUGACCAUGCCCAACGACGACAUCACCCACCCUAUCCCCGAUUUGACUGGAUAUAUUACCGAGGGACAGAUUUUCAUCGACCGUCAACUAGACAACAAGGGUAUCUACCCUCCCAUCAACGUCUUGCCGUCGCUUUCACGUCUCAUGAAAUCUGCCAUUGGAGAGGGACGCACGCGGAAAGACCACGGUGACGUAUCGAACCAACUGUACGCCAAAUACGCUAUUGGACGAGAUGCUGCUGCCAUGAAAGCCGUGGUAGGUGACGAAGCCCUCUCACCCGAAGACAAGCUGUCGCUCGAGUUCCUGGAGAAAUUCGAAAGGACCUUUAUCGCCCAGUCUCCCUACGAAUCUCGCAGCAUCCACGAUUCUCUAGACAUCGCCUGGAACUUGCUGCGCAUCUACCCCAAGGACUUGCUCAACCGUAUCCCCAAGAAGGUCAUUGACGAGUUCUAUGCUCGUUCGGGCAAAGGUCGCAAGCCCGCCGCUGCUACCGGGAACAAGGACACCAGAGACAACACCGCCGCCCCGCAAGAGGAGAACUUGAUUGAUGCCUGA